AUGCAAUUUUUAGGAUUUGUUAAUAAUGGGUUCCGGCCUGAGAACGAUAUCCCUGAUCUCUCGGGUAAAGUCAUUUUGGUUACUGGAGGAAAUUCGGGUCUUGGAAAAGAGUCAGUGCUUCAGCUGGCGAAGCACAACCCAAGUCAGAUAUUCCUUGCGGCAAGGUCCGCAGAGACGGGCCAAACAGCAGUCGAAGAAGUAAAGGCUAUUGUACCUGGAGUAAAGAUUGUUUUCUUGCAACUAGAUCUGUCAUCUUACGCAUCAAUCAGCAAGGCUGCAAAGCUUGUCAAUGCUAGUGUUGACCGUCUCGAUAUCCUCAUGAAUAACGCGGGCAUUAUGAUGACCCCGCCCAAUACCACGAUGGAUGGUUUUGAGAUCCAAUUCGGCACAAACCACAUCGGCCAUGCUCUUCUCACCAAACUUCUGCUUCCAAAGCUACAAGCCACGGCCAAGGAGCACCCGGGAGCCGAUGUGCGUAUCAUCACGCUCAGUUCCUCUGCUCACAAGUGGGCUCCCGAAGGAGGUUUGGACCUAGGAAAUGUGCACUCUGAACAAAGGAAUCUGUCAACACGGGAACUGUACGGCCAGUCAAAACUCGCGAAUAUCUUGUAUUCAAAUGAGCUUGCUCGUCGGUACCCUGACAUACGUUGUAUUUCCCUCCAUCCGGGUAGUGUGAACACUGGCCUAAGUCGAGGGCUGAACGCUUCUUACCCACUUGUUGCUCCGAUUGUCACUUUUGUAAAGUGGACGAAGAUUAUUACGCUUGACGUUCAUGAGGGAACCCUCAAUCAGCUUUGGGCUGCUACAGCGGAGGAAGCAGAAUCUGGGAAAUAUUAUAAUCCAGUUGGGCAAGAAGUUACUGGAUCAAAAUAUGCUCACGAUUUGGAGCUGGCAAAGGAACUCUGGGAUUUUACUGAGGCUGAAUUUAAAAAGCUCUCUUUGUAG